GAUGACGUCACAAAAUGGUAUUAUUGUCAGUGAUGGAGGAUCACAAGUAGGUGUGUAUAUUAUCAGAACACGGAAGACUUUCAACAUCCUUACCAUGCAGUUCUCAUACGGUCUCUAACCAUGAAUGCAUGUGUAUAUUAGAUUCAGUCACGACAGUAUUUUAAGGUAAUCGAAAACUGAUCCAUUCGGUGUCUGAAUUGAACGACGAUCAAUUUUCGGGAGGUGCAGUACGAAAAGAGGAUAUCCGGAGUGAACGUUUCCUUGGAGUGACCGACAGCGCCGACUUUAUCCCAGAAUCUAAAUCAUGGCAACGUAUGGGAAAGGUGAAUUUGGAGGAUUCUCUUCUUACCAGACUGGGGAUUCACCACGAACUACAGGUGGAGAGGGAGGAAGUGAAUUGUCCAGACUGACCAAUGCAAUCAGCUCCAACAUACAGAAAAUCACACAGAAUGUUUCACAAAUACAAAACAACGUCUCCAGAAUUGGGACGCCUCAAGAUUCUGAUGAAAUCCGUGAAAGAGUGCAUCAGUUAACUCAUCACACAAACCAGGUGGCAAAGGACACCAACAAACUGAUGAAAGACUUGGCCCACCUGACUGUCCCCGCAGCAGAACAGAGUAAAUGGCGGAUGCAACGAGAUCGUCUAACUGAUGACUUUAGCACAGCCCUCAAAAAUUUUCAAACCAUUCAGCGGACAGCAGCCGAGAAGGAGCGAGCUAGUGUUGCUCGAGCUCGAGCUCAGUCAGGAAACUUCACAAAGUCUCCCUUUGAUGAUGAUACAGGAAGGGAUGACCUAAAUAUGACCCCUGGGUUUUCUCAGACACGGCAGGUUCUACAAAUGGAGGAAGAUGUUGAUCUGGAUAUGCUCCACGAGAGAGAAGCGGCCAUCAAACAGCUAGAGAGUGAUAUCACAGAUGUCAACCAGAUAUUCAAAGAUUUAGGGAUGUUGGUUCAUGAACAGGGGGAGAUGCUAGACAGUAUAGAAGCUAAUGUGGAAACGACUGCUGUGCAUGUUGAGGAGGGCAGAAAACAGCUGUCUAGUGCCCAGAAGUACCAGUCCAAAGCACGCAGAAAAAAGUGUAUAUGUGUUGUGAUCCUUGUGGUAGUUCUAGCUGUCAUCGCUAUAAUACUCGCAGCCACGCUCGGAACUAAAAGUAGCAACUAAACAAAGUCGCGGAGAAAGACAGCGUAUAUCGUGAUUGUCGUGGUGAUAGUAGUAAUUGCAGUGUCCUUGAUUAUUUACGCCAUUGCCAGCUAGUCUGUUACCAUGGAAACUAGAAUGUCAGACAGACAGCAUUCAACAUGGCUGACUUGUAUAAGGAAAACCCAGAACUGCAUAGAACUACAACAUAAUAUCACUUUGUUAUCAUUUAUUUCUGAAUAGUUUGGGAUUUAUCAUCCCAUGAUAUUGUUAGUAAUUUGAACUGCAUAUUUACUGGACAGGUAUAAAUUAUAAAUUAUUUUGUAAACAAUUUAUGAAGAGUGAUAAUUUGCAGAAUUGAAACAUUCCUGUAUGGAGAGAGAGAGAGAGAGAGAGAGAGAGAGAGAGAGAGAGAGAGAGAGAGAGAGACUCAAGUGCUGCAGUAACUUUACAUGAUAGUUUGUUCCUUGUUUUUUUUUUCAUUUGCUAGUCUUCAGCAUAACAAAGUAUCCUUAUUUACCUAAAAUUUUCACAAGACAAACCUACCCUCACUCCUCCUACUUUUCAGUCAGUUAAUUAUUGAAAUUUUACCAGUUAAUCAGUUAAUUAUUGAAUUCCAAUCAAUCAGUUAAUCAGUAAUAUACAGAGGUCCUCUUAUCAGUCAAUCAGUAAACUCCACUUAGUCAGAUAAUUAUCUGGAGGCAUCUCUUUUUGUCCUGCAAAAAAUCAAUGGUCACUGCAUUACUGGAUGCGUAAAAAAAUCAAUGGUCUGCCAUAAAUUGAAUUUAAAUUUUCGGAAAAAGAUUCGUUUGUUAUGAUUUGAGCAUUAGAAAUUGACUGUUUAAAGCUUGAGGAAGAGACCAGCUAGCUUCUUUUAUUCUGAGAUAUACAGUUAGUAUCUGUGACCUGAGGGGUUCACUCCUUGGGCCAAUGACCUCCUUCCUAAAGACUUGUUUCUGUUAUUUUCAUUUUGUUAUCAAUUAUGUAUUAGUACAUGUUGUCAAAAGCAAAUAAAAUCUUAUGUUAAGAAUUACAAA